UCUUGCACUCAGUGUGGGAAGAGUUUCAACCGCUCAUCAAACCUUGAUCAACACAUAAGGAUCCACACUGGAGAGAAACCAAUAACGUGCACUCUGUGUGGGAAGAGUUUUCGCCAAUCAUCAUCCCUUUCUAAACACAUGAGGACCCACACUGGAGAGAAACCAUUUACUUGCACUCAGUGUGGGAAGAGUUUCAGCCAAUCAUCAAACUUUAAUCUACACAUGAGGAUCCACACUGGAGAGAAACCAUUUACGUGCACUCAGUGUGGGAAGAGUUUCCGCCAAGCAUCAUCACUUAAUAAACACAUGAGGACCCACACUGGAGAGAAACCAUUUACUUGCACUCAGUGUGGGAAGAGUUUCAACCGCUCAUCACACCUUAAUCAACACAUAAGGAUCCACACUGGAGAGAAACCAAUAACGUGCACUCAGUGUGGGAAGAGUUUCCGCCAAUCAUCAUCCCUUUAUAAACACAUGAGGAUCCACACUGGAGAGAAACCAUUCACGUGCACUCAGUGUGGGAAGAGUUUUCACCAAUCAUCAUCCCUUUAUAAACACAUGAGGAUCCACACUGGAGAGAAACCAUUCACAUGCACUCAGUGUGGGAAGAGUUUCAGCCGAUUAUCACACCUUAAUCGACACAUGAUGAUCCACACUGGAGAGAAACCAUUCACAUGCAAUCAGUGUGGGAAGAGUUUCAGCCGAUUAUCACACCUUAUUCGACACAUGAUGAUCCACACUGGAGAGAAACCAUUCACAUGCUCUCAGUGUAGAAAGAGUUUCAGCAUCUUAUCAUCGCUUUACAGACACAUGAGGAUCCACACUGGAGAAAAACCAUUCACAUGCACUCAGUGUGGGAAAAGUUUUCGCCAAUCAUCAAAUCUUAAUCUACACAUGAUGAUCCACACUGGAGAGAAACCAUUCAAAUGCACUCAGUGUGGGAAGAGUUUCAGCCAAUCAUCACACCUUAAUCAACACAUCAUGAUCCACACUGGAGAGAAACCAUUCAAAUGUACUCAGUGUGGGAAGAGUUUCAUCCAAUCAUCAUCCCUUAAUCAACACAUGAUGAUCCACACUGGAGAGAAACCAUUCACAUGCCCUAAGUGUGGGAAGAGUUUCAGGAAAUCAUC